AUGGAGUGGAAGGGCUCGGCGGCCGGGACCAAAGGGAACCCGAGCCCGCCGGGGGCCGGCGAGGGGCAGCGGCCGCCACCGCCGCUGUGCGCCCCGGGCGGCGGCUGCGGCGGCGGCGGGGCUCCGGCGCGGGGCCAGGCUGGGGCGGCGGCCGAGCCCGCCGAGGCCAUCCGGCGCGCGCACGAGUUCAAGAGCCAAGGCUCGCAGUGCUACAAGGACAAGAAAUUCCGCGAAGCCAUCGGCAAGUACCACCGGGCGCUGCUGGAGCUCAAGGGGCUGCUGCCCGCCCCCGGGGAGCGGGACUCGCGCGCGGCCUCUCCGGCCGGGGCCCCGCACCCGAGCCGCCUCUCGGAGGAGCAGAGCCGGACGGUGGAGGCCAUCGAGAUCGACUGCUACAACAGCCUGGCAGCCUGCCUGCUCCAGGCUGAGCUGGUCAACUAUGAACGAGUCAAGGAGUAUUGCCUCAAAGUCUUGAAGAAGGAAGGGGAAAACUUCAAGGCCCUUUACCGGUCUGGUGUGGCCUUCUACCACCUUGGGGACUAUGACAAAGCACUCUACUACCUGAAAGAAGCAAGGACCCGACAGCCAACAGACACCAACGUGAUUCGGUAUAUCCAGCUGACGGAGAUGAAGCUCAGCAGAUGCUCUCAGAGAGAGAAGGAAGCCAUGUCAGCCACUGAGAGGGACCUGAGCUCUGUGGGGACAGCCGGGGAAGACAAUCACACGUCAGGAAUGCCUGGGUUUCUGACAGAGGCAGAUCCUGGCGGUUUACCAUCCAAAGGCAGCAGGGAGGGAACCCACGUCUGGACCCCGCACACCUUUCUGAUGGACCAGAGAAUCUCAAGGCAAUUAUAA